GAGAGCUGAAAGCGAGCGAUGCUGUCGACGACUCAUGCGCCACCGACAGUGGAAGUGAACCCGCUGAAGCUCAUCAGUCAUGACAACUUGCGCGACCUCAACUUGUUCCUUGGAUUUGGCGAGCAAGUUCAACGACCGUACACAUUCCCUCGAUCGACCGGAGAGUUGACGCGGCGAUUCCAGCGGAAUGUGAUCUUCUUCGUUGCCAAUUAUGCGGUGGUAAUCUUUUUCGUCACGAUGAUCAAUGCACUUGCAUGUCCCCAAUUUCUCUUCGUUUUGAUGCUCAUGGGCGCCGGCUGGUACUACUGCGAUAAAUUGGCAUCGGAAGAGACUCUUAUGACUGGACCAACCUACAUCUUUGGGGUGCCGACAACAACUGAGCAACGAAAUGGUAUCAUGGCUGUCGCUUCAAUCGUUCUUGCUGCUAUAUAUGGAGGCCCUGUUCUUAUGUAUGCUGCGACAACAAGGUAUGAAUGAGCACCAUGAAUGCCGUAUGAUAAUUUCGCGCAAGCGCGUUCAUCUGUGUGUCCCAUGCGUGCAUUCGCAACGCGCAACUACCGUCCGACGAAGAACUCGUGCAUUUGCUUCAACUCAAGCCUGAACGAGAUGCCCCGUUCCUCACACCGUAUGGGCAUGACAAUGGCUACAUGGUCGUCUAACAAAGCGUCGGCAUAUAUCUAUCAAAGCAUCAUCGUACUUGCAUUGUGUGCA